UUUUGUUGGUUUAACUACGUGCUGCUAGUGACGCCAUCAAAACAUUAACAACUCUAGGUGUUUACGACUAUCACGCAUGAAAGUUUUUAUAUAUUUAGGAUCGAACGUUGAAAUCCGUGUCUCACAUCAAACACCUGGUUUGGUGAACGACGUGUGUUGACGGCUUGAAUGGUUUUCACGAUCCGUCAAUCAGAAGCAGGACUCAGUUCACGGGUUGCAAACGGAACUUCGGCGGUUCUGCAGGACCAUCUCGACCGUUCACUGAGUGAAAGCACCUCAACACCUGAAGCGCUUCUGGACGACAGUGAUGGCUGAACUUGAGGAGACCCUGGAGCGACUCAGUAACCAGAAAGGAGUGCAGGGUAUCAUUAUCGUCAACACUGAGGGAGUGCCCAUCAGGUCCACGCUAGACAACGCCACCACAGUCAAGUAUGCGGGACUCAUCCAUCAGCUGAUACGAAAGGCUCGCAGCACCGUCCGGGAGCUGGACUCGCAGAAUGACCUCAACUUCCUGCGCGUCCGAUCCAGGAAGAACGAGAUCAUGAUCGCAUCAGAUAAAGAGUACUUCAUGAUCGUGAUCCAGAACUCUUCUGAGUGAGACGACAAGGUUCCGGCCUCAGAGGUCUGCGUGGAGAUGCUUCAGACUACAGAUGUGUGAAACCACUUCCAGUGUAGCUCACUUUUGUAAUGACAAAAUAAAUGAACGCUGAGGAGAGUCAAACGAGUCACGU